AUGGUGGAACCUGCCGGGGAUAUCGCGAGUCUGGUGAGUGUUGUUCUCGAGGUUGGCAAGUGGUUUGCUCGUCCGAUUGGGCGCCGAUUUAUGUACUUGUACAACCACAGGAACAACUUAGACAAUCUUGAAAAUGAAGUUCAGAAGCUGAAGGAUGCAAAGGAGGAGGUGAAGAAUAAGGUUGUUGCGGCUGAAAACAAUGUGGAAAAGAUCAAACAGAGUGUUAGGCAGUGGCAGGAUGAAGUGAAUUCCAUCAUUCAUGAAGCAGAGCCGUUGAUUGCAGAGAAAGCAAACGACCGAUGCUUCAAGGGAUUUUGUCCUGAUUUGAUCACCCGCUACAAAGAUGGUAAGAAAGCAUUCGUAAUAAAGGAGGAUAAUAUAUCUCCACUCCUGCAGCAACUAAAGGACUUCGAUGAGGUUUCCUAUCCCACUGCUCUGGAGGACUUGUGGCUCAAACCUGACAAAAAUUAUGAUCUUUUCAUAUCAAGAGAUUCCACUUUCAGAAUUGUACUCAAGGCGUUAAAUGAUGCUAAUGUUAAUGUUGGGGUGUACGGGAUGGGUGGCAUCGGAAAAACGACUCUAGUGAAGGAAAUAGGCAGGCAAGCCAAGAAAGAGAAGAUCUUUGAGGUGGUGGUUUACGUUGAGGUAAAUAAAACUCUAGACAUUGAAAGGAUUCAGAAAGAAAUUGCGCGUAACUUGGGUGUGAAAUUCGAAGAAGAGACUCAAAGAGCGAUUGAUGGUAGGGGAUGUAAAUUAUUGCUGACAGCAAGAGAAAGACAGCCAUUGCAGAAGAUGGGUUGUCCUAAUCCUUUACAGAUUGACAGUUUAAAUGGUAAAGAGAGUUGGAGACUGUUUAAGACGACAGCAGGUGAUUUUAUUGAAACACAAGAGUGUAAAUCUCUCGCGGAAAACAUAUGUAAUAGAUGUGGAGGUUUGCCUAUUGCUAUAGUUACUGUAGCAAAAGCAUUAAAGACCAAGAGACAUUCAUCUCAGUGGAAAGAAGCCCUACGACAAUUCAAAAGGUCUUCCCCGAAAAACUUCACAAGAGAUAUAAAAGAAGCAUAUGCAACGAUGGAGUUGAGUUACAAGUACUUAAAAGGUUUGGAUAUAUUUCAUGGAAUCUAUACGAUUGAAGAAGCACGAGAUAAAGUAAAUGCAUUGAUCUAUGACCUUAAAGACUCAUGUUUAUUACUUAGCGGUCACACCUAUGAAUCAUUUUCAAUGCAUGAUUUUGUUCGAGAAGUUGCUUUGUCGAUUGCAAAUAGGGAUGAUCAUUUAUUUUCCGUGAGAAAUGAGAUAAAGUGGGAAUGGUCUCAUCGUGAUAGACUAAAAAUUUGCAAAAAGAUAUUUGUACGUGAUAGUACUAUUGGUGAUCUUAGUAAGGGGUUUUUGGAUUGUCCGCAGCUUGAAUCUUUUUUCAUUAAUAAAAAGGUUGGUGAUUCUCAUGUCAAAAUUCCUGAUAAUUUUUUCAUAGGCAUGAAAAAACUCAAAGUUCUAGAUUUGGAUGGAAUGCAGUUUUCCUUUUUGCAGUCGUCGCUUGGUCUCCUAGUAAACCUUCAAACAUUGUGUUUGGAUUAUAGUGAAUUUGAACAUGUAGCAAUCAUUGGAGAGUUAAAGGAAUUAAAAAUUCUUAGCUUACGAGGUUCAAGUGUUGAGCAACUGCCUAAGGAAAUAGGUCAAUUAACUCAAUUAAAGUUGUUAGAUUUAAGCGAUUGUGAUCAACUAGAAGUUAUCGCCCCAAACGUGUUAUCAAAUUUAGUCCAAUUGGAAGAGUUGUACAUGAAUGGAUGUCUUGUUUUGUGGGAGGUUGACGGAUUCAAUAUUCAAAGAAAUGAUGCCAGUCUUGAGGAGUUGAAGCAUCUGCAGCUUACCACUUUAGAAAUAGACAUUAAAGAUGACGAGAUUGUGCCAGAAUGCUUGUUCACCAAAAAGCUAGAUAGGUAUCGAAUAUCAAUAGGAGCUGGGUGGUCUAAGUUUGGUCAUUCAUUUAUAUCUUCUGAUUUGAAGCAAAUGGGAAUUAAGAGCUUCAGUUAUGAUAAGCCAAUCACUUCAAUUAGGAAAUUGAAAUUAAAGCUAAAUUCUACCAUUUGGUCAGACAAUCUGCAAGGUUUCAAGAAUGUUGAGUGCUUAUGCUUAGACCAAUUGGAAGGGAUCAAUAAUGUUGUUUUUGAUUUAGACAAAGAGGGUUUCUCACAAUUGAAACAUCUUUGUGUUCACAAUAAUCCUAACGUUUUGUGUAUCGUUGAUUCAAUAAAGUGCACACCUCAUGAUGCCUUCCUUGCCUUGGAGUCAUUGAUUCUUUUCAAUUUGAUUAACUUGGAGAAGAUAUGUUGUGGUCAACCCACAAUAGAUUCUUUCUCCAACUUAAAAAUCAUAGAAGUGGCGCAUUGUGUUAAAUUGAAGAAUAUUUUCUCAUCCUCCAAUUGCAGAAGCCUUCCACAUCUUCAGACAAUUCACGUGGCAAAUUGCAAGAAUAUGAAAGGGAUUUUUAUUGCAGAAAGAGAAGAUAAUGUCAAUAACAAUGAAAUAAUUAAGAGAGUUAAAUUCUAUCAAUUACGAACUAAGGGAAGAAGAGUUCCUCGAUCUUGGCAUGACACGUAA